UAUAAAAGAGACCUUAGAGAGCUCCUUUGCCCCUCUGCCAUGCGAGAAGACAGCCAUCUAUGUAUGAACCAGCAAGUGGGCUAUCACCAGACACCAAAUCUGCCAGUACCUUAAUCUUGGACUUCCCAGCCUCCAAAAUGAAUGGUAACACUUACAGUAGAGAAGAGUGCAGCAGUGAGAGCCUCUUUCUUGCCCUUUGAAAACCGUCCCUCCAAGACUCAUCCUGAGGAGCAGCAUCAGGUCUUUUCAUCACACAAUUUGUGUUACUCCGCGAUUCAUCCCAGGAUCCUUCCACAGGUAACACCGCAUGGUUUCAGUCCAGGGACUCUCUGCUCCACUCUCCCCUCACUGAGGCGGGCUCCAGUCUCUCUGUCUCCUGCGGCACACGUGCUUAGGUCAAUUUCGGGAUGCUGGAGCUCCCCAGGCACCACCCACAGAGCAGGACGCAGGAAUGGCUUUGUGCGGACAGUGCGCUCAUGGAUCACAUCCCUCGCCUAAUGGUCCGUGGGAAAUGGGUUUGGAACCUGGGCCAGCACAAAUGGAUGGCAAACAGAUGCAGUGACUGAGGGGCAGGUAACCGUUAAACGCAAGCCCCAGUGGCAGGUUCUGGGAGCUUUUUUCCCCCAUUUAAGUCCUGGGUUCCAAAUUAAGACUCUGCCAGCUUGCUUCUCACAGGGUACUCUUUGCCAAAGGCACUCUUUGAAGCAGCUGAGCAGUAGAAUUUGGUUCUUCAGUUUCUCAGGGAUUCCAACCACAGAGAUAUGUCCUCCCUACCCACCUCCCCCAACCAGGUAUGAGCAAAAGCCCCACACCAGGAGGACAGCUCUGGCUUGCACAGUGGGAAAAGCUGUGGUGACAGGUACUCGGACUCUGUCCUCCAGGAGUCCUGGCCAACAGGUUGUAUGUGAAAAUGUGUGCGGUGACAGGGAGGGGGCUACGGACUGAGACCUCCUCACCCAGUUGUCCCACUAGGUUUCUUUGCUAAGCCAAGCAUGCUGCAGGCUUACUGGAUCUUACAGCAGUCCACUCGGCUGAGCAGGAAAUGAUGGUGAAGGGAAGUGACAGGAUGCCAGGGAGUUAGAGUCAGAGACAGAAUCAGAGCCUGGGUCUGUGGGCUCACAGAACUUGAACUGCUGCAGGUGGUGAUGUCAUUUUUCCCUUGCAGAAAGGUGCCAUGGGCUUCUGGAAGUUCCCCCUGUUCCUGGUCCUCAGCAUUCUGGUCCUGAACCAGGCAGGUAUGCUCCAGGCAGCGCCAUUCAGGUGGGCCUUGGAGAAUGGCUUUGAUCCUGCUACACUCACCAAUAAGGAAAUGCGCCUCCUACUGGCUGCAAUGAUGAACGAUUAUGUGUAGAUGAAGGCCUGUGAGCUGAAGCAAGAGACAGGAGGGCUUCACAUCACUGCCCAGAAGAGAUCCUGUAACACUGCGACCUGUGUGACCCAUAAGAUGGCGGGCUGGCUGAGCAGGUCUGAGAGUGUGGUUAAGAACAGCUUCACGCCCACCAACGUGGGCUCCAAAGCCUUUGGCUGGCACCGCAGCGACCUUCGCCUGAGCAGUGAAAUGACUCCAGGAAGAAGACAACUGCCCUAG